UCAUAACCUAUAUAUAAUAUAGGUUAUGAUACGCUGGGGUGCCGAGGAUGGUGUAAUGUGUUGUGGCAUUGUUUAGUUUUUUGAAAAGGUAAAUGAAAAACAAUCCUGUCCGAUCGACAAAUAUAUACCCGAAACACCGAUUAAGUGUUUGUCUGUAAGUGGCGUACGUUAAUAAUCGACUUAACCUCACACGACUUAACCUUAAGUAGACCGUGAACUUCAAUAUCAUAAAUCAGGGUAUUUUUGUAAACACAUACUCAUGAUACUGGAGUUUAAAUCUAUAUUAGGAUCACUCGUAUUAUCAUCAAAGUUUGUAUAGGCUAAGAAAACAUAAAAGCAUAACUUACUUCUGUUCCCUGUAUUUAGGGGAGAUACAAAAAAAAGAACAUGAUGGCUGGCGGGUUCGCCGUAAGGUGGCUUGUGGAGGCGUGUGGGCCGCUGGUUGUUUUUAUCACAGUCACCUGGUUAGCAUGGCGCUGGGGCUGGCUUGUCACGUGUUUGGCGGCCACUGUGAUCCUGCACGUGGACGUGCACGUGUUAUGGCGGAAACCGUUAGUCGCCACCUUUUGUAGACUGAGGAGAAAGGUCAAGAAAAAGAUAUUGACGGAUUCGAACGAGUUUAAAGUAAUAUGUCUGCCAACCGACGUCAAUCCAUUGACGUUGAGCAUGACCCCGGAUCGUCUGCUUCGGGAGUGUUCUAUCGGACAUGUGGAAUUCUGGGUAGAAAACUACGCAGAUGACGUCAUCAGGCAGUUGCACGCUUCACUGACUCUGACAGAAUGUUCAUAUUUCCACAAUGCGCCGAUCAAACUAUUCGACAAAUUCCGGAUCGAAGCAAAGAUAUUUCACUUCGAUGAGACGUCCCUAUAUUUAGAACAACGCGUCAUUCGCUACGGAGACGAGAAACUCUGCGCAUGCGUACUAUCACGUCACGUGAUAACCGGAAGUUCUACCGGGCAGCUGUUUGCGCAUCUCAGUCAGAAUACUAGAAUGCAUUUGUCUUCCAAGGAUGAACAUAUGAGCUUGUUUGUUCGGUCAUGUUCGAAAAGUAUUGAAUCUAAAAAGACAUUUUAACAUUUAAUUGCAAAUAUAUUAUCUGAACACAAAUUAGACUGUAUUAUGAUUUUAAAGAGUAUUUUCUUUGUUUUCGUCUGAACAUUAACUCCCAUAUCGGAACGAUAACAAGAAGGCGGGGCUUAACUCUACUAUAACUAGCAUGCGGAUAAAUAACGUUAUUCACUUAUACGCACGCUGGUUAUUGAACGUUGUCCUUGACAACAUGGUACACAACAGUGACUUCACUGACUACCAUCGCUGA